ACCCGGAAGUGCGUCAUCAGCAUGCGACUUCGUCUCCUCGCAGCUAUUCAGCAGUGAAACGCAACGCAGCGCUGCUGUUUAUAUCCUCUCCUCUCUUCUUUUCGAUCUAAAAGUCGACAUCUCACGGACUCACCAUGGCGAUGCAGGCAGCGAAACGAGCCAACAUCCGGUUGCCCCCUGAGGUGAACCGAAUCCUUUACAUCAGGAACCUACCAUACAAGAUCACAGCCGAGGAGAUGUACGACAUCUUCGGGAAGUAUGGACCGAUCCGCCAGAUCAGAACCGGAAACACCCCAGAAUCCAGAGGGACGUCCUACGUGGUUUAUGAGGACAUCUUUGACGCCAAGAACGCCUGCGACCAUCUGUCGGGCUUCAACGUGUGCAACCGCUACCUGGUGGUGCUUUACUACAACGCCAACAGAGCGUUCCAGAAGAUGGACACCAAGAAGAAGGAGGAACAGCUGAAGCUGCUGAAGGAGAAAUAUGGAAUCAACACAGACCCACCCAAGUAGGGACUGCUCGGACCUCCCCCCCCCCAAGCCUGUCUCUCCCCACACCUGUCUUUCACCUCCUGUACAGACACAUUUCUGUCUCCUUUUGGAUUUUUCUACUGAUGGAAUUUUGUUUUGAAAACGUUGACACCGUAAUACUGAUCCAAACUCUCUAUGAUGUCGAUGUCCGUAUGAAGAGUUUAGUCUCUUAAUUUAUCCUGGGUUUAGUCUCUCUGAUCGUACAUCAGCAACACUCAUUGGUCUUGGUCUUUCUUUUGGCAUCGGUAUCAUUCCUGUGUGCUAGUUUUGGAUCUGUGAAGACUCAACCUUCUUUGAAAUGUAUUUCAAACAUAAAGUAUAGUCCAAUCUUUUUAUCAAAUUCUGGACUGGAUCAGUAUAAAGAUUGUAAUUUCUGUAAAAUAAAAAUUCAUUUUUUUUUAAUGUA